AUGCCUGCUCUUGUUAACUACAGUAAUGGCGACGGGGAGAUGUAUUCAUUCCGUGCAAACCCCAUGGAAUUGGCACAAUUGUGUUCAAUUGCUGGAGAUGUAUACAGCCCUGCUUGCAAGAGGGCUCGAAUUAGCUCCUCAUUCGCCUUCAAUUCGGGGGAAAGCAAUAGGCAGCCAUCAAUUGAAAUCCUCCCAGACGAGUGUCUCUUCGAGAUCCUCAGGCGAAUCCCUGGAGGCAAAGAGAGGGGCGCAUGCGCUUCAGUGUCCAAGAAGUGGCUCUUGGUGUUGAGCAGCAUCAGGAGAUCCGAAAUUUGCAAGCCGGUCUCUAGUUGUGGUGAUGUGGAGAUGGAGAGUGGUGAAAGCUUGGAGUUUGAAGAUGAUGGCUGUCUCACAAGGUCCUUGGAAGGCAAGAAGGCAACUGACUUGAGACUUGCUGCUAUUGCUGUGGGGACUAGCAGCCGAGGAGGUCUUGGCAAGCUUUGCAUUCGAGGUAAUCACAACUCCUCUGGUUAUGGAGUCACUGAUCUUGGUCUAUCAGCAAUAGCUCGUGGCUGCCCUUCUCUCAGAACACUGUCUCUAUGGAAUGUCCCUAUGGUUAGCGACAAAGGGUUGUCUGCGAUAGCAAAGGAAUGCCAUUCGAUCGAGAAGCUCGACCUUUGCCAUUGUCCUUCAAUUACCGACGAGGGUUUGGCUGCAAUCGCUGGAAACUGCCCCAAUUUGUCAUCUUUGAGCAUCGAGUCUUGCUCGAGGAUUGGCAAUGCAGGGUUGCAAGCAGUUGCAAAGUUCUGCCCCAAGCUCCAAUCUUUAUCCAUCAAGGACUGCCCUCUCAUCGGAGACCAGGGUCUAUCAGCUCUAUUCUCGUCGUCACCCGCAAUAUCAAAGGUCAAGCUUCAGUCUUUGAACAUCACUGAUUUCUCUCUCGCAGUAAUUGGAUACUACGGCAGGGCUGUUACCAGCCUUGUCCUCACUGGUCUUCAGUUCGUCAGCGAGAAAGGGUUUUGGGUCAUGGGCAGUGCUAAAGGACUGGAAAAGUUGGCUUCUUUGGUGAUCACAUCUUGCCGGGGAACAACAGAUGUCGGCCUGGAAGCUAUCGCAAAGGGCUGCCCAAGCUUGAAACAAAUCUGCCUCCGCAAGUGUUCAUUUGUGUCUGAUAAUGGGUUGGUGAGUUUCACCAAAUCAGCAGGCUGUCUCGAGAGCCUGCAGCUGGAAGAGUGCAACAGAGUUACAGAAUCAGGAAUCAUCGGCGCAAUCUCAAACUGUGGAGCCAAGUUGAAAUCUCUCAGCUUGGUGAGGUGCAUGGGGAUCAAGGAUACAGCAUCAGGAAUUUCACUAUCAUCAUUAUCUCAAUGCAGCUCUCUCCGCUCCCUCUCCAUCAAGAACUGCCCCGGGUUUGGCAGUCUCGGCCUAGCUCUCGUAGGCAACCUCUGCCCACAACUCCAGCACCUCGAACUCUCGGGGCUUCAUGGGGUCACAGACGCUGGACUUCUCCCGCUUCUGCAGAGCUGCAAUGCUGGUCUGGAGAAGGUCAACCUCAGUGACUGCUCGAACUUGUCUGACGAAGUGGUCUCAACCUUGGCCAGACUACAUGGUGGAUCACUCGAGGUGUUGAAUCUAGACGGCUGCAGGAGGGUCACCGAUGCCAGCUUGGCUGCCAUCGCUGAUCACUGCAUGUUCCUCAGCGACCUCGACGUGUCGAGGUGUGCGGUAACAGAUGCUGGCAUGGGGUAUCUGUCAAAUGCUGAGCAGCUGAACAUUCAGGUGCUUUCAUUGUCCGGCUGCUGUUACUUGUCAAGCAAGGUACUGACUUGUUUGAAGAGAAUGGGGAGGACCCUUGUUGGGUUGAACCUACAGCACUGCAAUGGCAUCAGCAGCAGGACAGUCGAGGUUUUAGUGGAGAGCUUGUGGAGAUGUGAUAUCCUGUCCUAG